AUUUCUGAAAUAAAAAAGAAAGGAAUUAAAAAACCAACAAAAGGGUUAAAAAAUCAAAGACGCGGGAGAACGUGUGAGAGGUAGCGGCGGCAGCGGUGGCGAGGAAAGGAGGGGCUUCUAUUUCUUCAUCUUUAGUGAUUUGAAGCAGAAUAAUAAUGAAUAGAUUUGAAUCCCUGGAGAACUGUAGUUUUUCUGAUUCACAUGAUCAUGCCAACAAGAAUAUGAAACAAAACUCGAACAGUUGUGAAGUGAUUUCGAAGCUGCUUCUCCCUCAAGACUUGAUGUUUCAUAUUUUUACUUUGGUUCCUCCUCACUAUCUCUUUAACUCUGCAAGAUAUGUUUGCAAACCUUGGGAUGCUGCUAUUGCCAGCUCCCGUUUUGCUGAACUGUGCGAACGCUUCCAUGUACGUUCUAAACCUGGUCUUUACAUUGAAAAUCGCAACUCGCACACUAGUUCUUAUUUCUUGGAAUUUAAAGAUGAUGUGAAUGGCCAAUUUGAAAGAACUGAUUUGGGAACACCUCAAAAAAUGGGAUAUUUAAUCGGUACUUGUGAUGGCAUAUUGUUGAUUUCGAGUAUGGCUAGACAUAUUGUUGUUGUGAACCCCAUUCUCAAAUGCUGGCUUAAAAUUCCCCGUUUUCCCAUCUCACAGCAUCAUAUAGUAGUUGGGUGUCAAUGUACUAUAACACGUGUACCUCGCACUGCCAAAUUCAAGCUUUUCUUUGCACAUGUCCUUGAGGUUUCGGGCGUUUCUUGGUAUGUUUUCUAUGUGCUAAGAAUUGGAAUAGAUAAUUCAUGGAAAGAGAUAGAUAGAAAAGAAGCUCCACUUCAUUGGUGUUUUUCAGGGAAACCACUUUAUAGUGGAGGUAAUGAUCUUUACUGGAUAACAAACAAUGAAGUGAUUGUGAUGGAUGUUGACAGAGAAAUUGUUGUACGAGAAUAUCCACUUCCUCCUAGAAUGAUGUUGGGUUCUAGUCCGUUUGAGAUACUUUUAUGGAUGGGAGGUCGUCUUUCUUGCAUUGCGUAUAAUUAUUCUUAUAGCAAAUAUCAAAUCUACAUUUUGGAUUUUGAUUCUAGAAAAUGGUCUCUUUAUCAUGAGAUGGGACCUUUUGAUUACAUGGCUGCUUGUGGUCAUAAUCUUAAUACUGCAGCGGUAUUUCGAUUGUGGAUCAACAAUCAAAUUAUCUUUCGAGUACAACUACUACCUCAAAAUCAAAAUCAAAUUGGAAACGGCCUUAUAUACAUGCAUUUCAGUUACAAUGUGGAGACCAAACAAUUGACAAAGAUCGAGGACAUUGAGGUGGGGGAUUUUGCAGUAUGGCUUCACACUAACAGUCUAGCUUCUUUGCCAACUACUCUGGCAUAACUAAGUUUCUCUUAGCUGAAAAGCAAGUCUUUAUGUUUUGAUUUAGAUUUGAAAACACUUGAUAGUGUUUGCUUAGUUAGUUUGACUUUUAUUAUUGUCAUUGUUGAUGUGAUGCUUAGAAAUGGGAUUAUGCUUUCUGACCCUCAUUUUCUCUACCAUUUUUCCUUUGUAUUCUAUCCCUUUUGUGGUGCUUAAUUAAGGGCUUAAAUAUAUUUGCUGGGUGUUA